CACGAGUUUUUCUUCCAGUCUUUGGACCAGCGCAAAAGAUGGAGAACGCGCUAUUUGCCAAUAUUAAGAAGCUUUACGAUUACAAGCUGUACGAGUGCGUUAUUCCAGCGGCGAAACUGUUAAAAACCGUGCUGAAGAAUGAUCGCUAUGUGGCCACUCUGGAGGUGGAAUACCAGGUACAGCUCUAUCUAGUGAAUUCGUACUACAAGGAGCGACAACAUCGCGCAGCUUUAAGGCAUUUUGAGGAGAUUAUCCACCAACGGCGACACAUGGUGCGCCACAAGAACGCCUGUUUGGUGGCCAUCGAAAGUUCCUAUCCGGAAUUUGUGGAUGCGGAGCUGCGUCGUCGGGCCGCCGAGUGUUAUCGUGAAAUUGGAAAUCACAGCAUGGCCGUAGCUACUUUGCUCCAGGUGCCCGCAAAAUUGCGCUCGCCGAGGAUCAAUUUCAUGCUGGCCAGGCUGCAGCAUCACGGCUCCGGAUACGGAUACCCCAACAAGUCGGAGGCCCUGUUCGGCUACAAGGAAGUGUUGCGCGAGUGCCCAAUGGCGCUGCAGGUGAUCGAGGCCCUUUUGGAUCUGGGAGUUGAUGGCAACGAGGUCAACUCUCUGGUGAUGCACGCUGCCACGGUGCCCGGCAAUUUCGACUGGCUGAGCACGUGGAUCAAAGCCCUCGCCCAGAUGUUCGACUGCAAGCACUUGGACGCGGCCCGCACUUUCCAGAGGCUGCAGGACACCACCAUGCUGCGGUGCAAUGAGUACCUGAUGAUGGCUAUGGGCAGGUGCCUCUACUACCACGGCAACUAUAUUCAAGCGGAGCAGCUCUUCGCGUCAGCGAUAAGUGCCAAUCCGGACAACGUGGAGGCGAUCGCAAUGCUGGCGGUGGUCCGUAGUCAGGAGGGCGUUGAUGGGAGCAUGGAUAUGGAUCGCCUGUAUGCACAGGUGACCUCCGAAGUCAAGUACUCUGCAAGUCAUUGGUUUGUCCAUGCGCAGUUGAUGUACGAUUCGGGAAAAUUCGAGCGGGGCUUGAGUUUCGUUGGUCAAUGCCUGAAUUUGGAGCCCCGACACCACGAAGCCCUAAUCCUACGCGGCCGCCUGUUGAUCUCGUUGGAGCGGCACAAGGAGGCGGCGGAGGCCUUUCGCACGGCACAAACUGUGAUACCAUAUCGUUUCGAGGUGUAUAGGGGACUUUUCCACAGCUAUUUGGCUCAGAAGCGAUUCAAGGAGGCCCAUACCAUGUGCAACUGGACACUGCACAUCUUUAAAAAUUCGCCCAGGAGCCUCACGAUGUUUGGUCGCACCCUCUUUCAUUCACCGGAUCCAAAGAUUAGAAAGACUGCCCGCAAGUUUGCCGAAAAGUCACUGAAGAUCGAUCCCAACUACACGCCGGCGGUGGCUCUAAUGGCCGAUAUCUGUCAGGUCGAGGGCGCACCCAAGGCCUCCAUUAAACUGCUCGAGGAUCACGUUUCCCUCUUUCCGCAGGCGAAUCUGUUCACCCAUCUUGGCGAUAUACUGCGAAUCCAAAAGGAACCCAUCAAGGCGCUGGAAUACUACUACAAGGCAUUGGGUAAAGAUCCCAAGUGUGAGCGGACUUUGCGAGGAAUCAGUUUAUUGAGUAGUUCCAAUUAUAUAGAUGAAUCACCUGUCCUGGACGAAAGUGGCGCCAUUAAGGUGAAUAACCAGCCAUCCGCCAAUGGACUGGCCCCACCCUGUGGAACAUCGAAUGGGGAAUGGUUGGGUGCCGAUGGUGCAGAGAAUUCUCGGGAGGCAUCCUCCUCACCAGCCGCAAGGUCAGGUCAGGAGGGAGACGAAGAUGGCGCCGUUUGGCACGACGUCGAUGCGGAAAUGAUUACCAUGAAUUUUGAUGGGCAUUGAGCCAGGUUUUUGCUAACGUCCCUAUUUAUAUUAUUUAUUUUCUAUGGAAUGUUUAUUGUCUUGCC